UUUGGAGUAUCUUUCUAACUAAGUUUCUGUCAAUUCGGGGCAUCUUGAAUAAAUGAUACAAACUCCUUAACUAUAAUAAUUAGCUUAAAAUGUAAACUUGUAUAAUUGGAGAGAGAAAAUGAAGCUUCAUUUUCAUUAUAAUACACUACUAGAGCUUCACAAUUAGCAAUUUAUUCUUCAUAAUAGGAAUUAAAGAGAGAGAAAACAUAUUAAAAGAAGAAGAAAGAUAAUGGAGAAAGCAUUAACAAAAGUUGGGAGCUUGAAAGUUGGAAGCUUUUGGAUUUCUAAGAAGGCCAAAGAAGAAUUAUCCACCAUUACUGAUGAUCUCUCUUCUAUUUCAAGUACAAUUGAAGGCAAAGCAAAGUGGGUAUUCAACAAAUUGAAGGGCAAGACUCAAAAACCCUUGUCGGAGCUCCUUCGAGACUACAACCUUCCGGCGGGACUAUUUCCUCAGAACAUAAUAUGCUAUGAGUUUGAUGAAUCGAGAUCAAAGCUCAUCGUGUAUAUGUCAUCUCCUUGUGAAGUAUGCUUUAAGGACUCGAGCAUUGUAAGGUAUGCCAACCGCGUCAAGGGUACGUUGUUGAAAGGGAAGCUUAUAGGAAUUGAAGGUAUGAAGACUAAAGUGUUAGUGUGGGUUAAAGUGACUAGCAUCAAUGUCGAAAGCUACAAAUCUGAUAAAGUUUUGUUCACUGCUGGUGUUAAGAAAUAUAGGCCUAAAGAUGCUUAUGAAUUGCCUCGCAAUGCGGUUAAUGUGGAAGAAUUUUGAUGAACUUUGUUAGUCUCAUUUGUGUACCAAAGAAGAACAUGUAACUUAUUAUUGUAUGACAAUCGAUCAUACUUCAAAUAGAAAAUAUGUAUAGUAGUUAGAAAUGGUUGAGCAUACGAUCGUCAGUAGAGAUAAUGUAGGUAUGUACUAUGUAUGUAGCAUAUUGUUAAUUACUCCCUACGUUCCUUUAUAUUAUUUCUCUUAUACAUUAAAUGUUUAUGAUAAUGAUGAUGUUUAUGUUGA